CGUCACGUCACUAGCAAUGUCAAAUUUUCAAAAACGUCAGUGAACUACAGUGAAAGAGCGGCGGUUUUCCUUUUACGCGUUUUAUUUUAUGUUCAUCACAAAGUUUUGAUACUUUUUGCAAUAAGAAUAAUUAAUAGGUCAAAAAUGCCAAGAGAAAUAGAUGUAAAAGCUUUGGUAUCGCACAUUGUUCUUGGCAAUGGAAUGGACAAAUGCAGAAUAUGCAUGGGUGAUACAACCGAGGGGCAAGUGCACCUUGGAGACACGGUUAUGACCGAUGGCGAAAGGCCGGUGACCUUAUCGGAGCUGCUAGAAAUCAUAACAGGAGUUGAGGUGGACGAGCAAUGCGGAGCGCCAAAUGGGAUUUGCAAGACUUGCGUGCAUGACGCCAUGGUUGCAAUUAGCUUCAGGCGCCUCGUCCAUGACUCCGCCGGACACUGGGACAAUAUCGCGUCAUCGCUCACCGAACUCCACAAUGCGACGAAGGAGGACAAGGCUUUUUACGUCUUCUACACACCAGAUUGCAAAUCAACUACAAUAAUCAAGGAUCAGGCGAAAAGCGUCAAGAAUACGGACGAAGCAUUGCUAAGGCUCGUUGAAUUCAGGGACAAAAAACCUAAAAGGGUCAAAAAGAUGACGUUCGACUGCUCUUGUCCCGAUUGCGGUAAAAAAUUCACGAAACCAUUACUUCUAAAUAAACAUCUGAAGAAUACUCUGAAGAGAAUUUGCAACAGGUGUGGCAAGUUAAUGCCGAAAUCCAAAUUGGCGCAACACAUGUCGAAAUAUCACGAUAUUGAAGUCUUUGAUUGCAAUAUAUGUCAUAAACUGUUCGACGAGGAGAAUAGAGUGACAGAACAUUAUUUGAAAUGCCACGAUAAUAAAAGUAUCCACUGUGAUACGUGCAAAAUGGGUUUCGAUUCAGCAAGGUCUUUAAAUGGGCAUACGUAUUCCCAUUCUUUGUUCCACUGUAAAAACUGCUCUAAGAGCUUUGAAAAUCUUAAAUGCUUCUCGUACCAUCAAGAGAAAUGUUCGUCUGCCAAAGUUGUUAAAACACAUGACAAUAUCAAGUACACCUGCGAUUACUGUGGCUUGUCUUACGACAAGAAACCUUCACUGCGUGUUCACAUAAUUCAUAAACAUUUGAAUGUCCUGCCGUACGUGUGCGAGCUAUGUGGGAAACGAACUUCUACCAUCGGCCACUUGCGUUCGCACGAAGCUAUUCACACGCAAAAGAGAAAGAUAUACGAAUGUUAUUGCGGCGCGAGGUUGCGGACAGAAGUGGGUUACCAGAUGCACCAACGCAUUCAUACCGGGGAGAAACCUUACGAAUGCGAGGAGUGUGGAGAUAAGUUUCUAUCUGCUUCGCGGAGGCUGGAUCACAUAAAACGCAGGCAUAGGAGUACACAAGAGAUGCCGCAUGGGUGUGACAAAUGUCACGCGAGAUUUGUCAGACCUUUUGAACUGAAAAAGCAUUAUUUGAGUGUGCAUUACGCAUGUAUUGACGUGGCACCUGCUCCCAGAGCGGUUAGAAGGAGACAGCAUAUUAGAGUAAAAUCUUCUGUUUGAAAUGGUCAUUUGUUUGUAGUUUUGUGGAAAAUUGUCAUCUAUCAUAAAACAAAACAGUAAAACGAAAGUCGUUUUGUACAUAAAAUAAAAAUUAUAUAAUGCCUGAACAAAACUAGUUGUAUUUGAAUAAUAAACCGCACAGUCGCAUCGGAUCACUCGCAUCUUUUCAUGGAUGUCGUAUAAGGCGACUAAGGCGAUUAGCACUUGCAUCUAGUGCGAGCUUUCAUGCUGGUAUUAAAGGCAAAGACAAAAUAGUUUGCCAGCUGCUAUCCUCUUCCCCUGCCGAUUGGAAUGUUGGCCAAGGGAAAGGCGUGAACACCCAAUAAGUAAUUAAUGAUAUGAAAUUGAAAAACCAUUAUAUCUACUUACAUAAUGGAGGAAUUUGU